AUCUUUGAGCACAUCAAUACAACUGACCUGCAACAUUCCACACAUGGCUGAUAGCAAUAGUUUCUUCAACCUCAAGGAAGCCAUGGAGAAGCUCUGGUUCCACCAUAAUAUCCUAUUCUCUCAGCCUAUUGAGAUCCAUACAUCCUUGCAAAGCGGCUCUAAUGAGGUUUCAGCUCAUGAGGAAAAGAUCAAAAAGAAACCAGAAAGAUUGAAUAUUCCAAUCAAUCAACCUCUCUAUGAAUUGCAGUUACCAAGAAGAAUUAAAGAUAAAGGCUCGGAUUUAGCAGAAAGAAGAAUAGCCAGGAUGAGGAAGAAUAACUGGAGCUUAUCUGAGCUUGAAAAUUUUGAGAUUGAAGGGUUUAAAGAUCUUGGUUUCGACUUCAAUAAGGAAAAACUAAGUCCAGAAAUGAUCAGAAUGGUUCCAGGUCUGAGAAGACUUGAGGGAACAGAUGAGAGUUUGGAAGAUAGAGAAGUGAGAAGGCCAUAUCUUUCAGAAGUUUGGUUACUUGAUAGAUCUGAUUCUCUGUUGAAUUUUCCCAGAUCUCAUGACAGUGCAGAUAUGAAGAAGCAUCUUAGGUCCUGGGCACAUAACGUGGCUUCUUCAAUUCAUGAAGAAUCAUAGCAUCAAAGGGAAAUCGCACAAGAUAUAUCUUGUAGAGCCAUGGCUUCUCACUGAUUUCAAGAGAACAGUUUUGUAUAGAGAUAGACAUGGGCAAAAGAAUUGUAUCUGUCAAAAAAAAAGCACAAAAAAAUAAGUGUUUGACUGUUGAAGGAAGAAAUUAAAUUGAGGAGGCUUUACCUCAUUGCUGUGAAUAUUUUGUUAUAUAUUAUUUGGGUGGAGAGGAAUAUCGGUUUACACAGUUCUAAAUGAUCGACUUCCUGUGUUCUGAAAUAUAGAAUUAAAUUACAAGCUGUUCUUAAACUUUACAGAUGGAAUGUGAAGCAUAACUUGCCUCAUGAGGUAGGUUUUUGGCUCGACGAAGGUAUUGGCGACUGCUCUGCCCUUUUAAGCAUUUGAUUAUUUCUGUAUUCUUAUUGCAUCACCCACUAAUUUAUUUUUUUGGUCUUUUCUUACUUCUCA